AUGCUCCGUGAGUGGCGUGCCGAGCUCAGCGUCCCCUCCCCGGCUUCCUCUCUCCUGCAGAUGGUGGUGCCCGAGGAGGAGGAUGAGGUUCCCAGCACCUUGCCCAACAGGUGUUUGAUGAAUUGCCUCAUCCUCACACAGAGCUGUUUCUCGCUUCCAUUCAGUUGCAGCUGGGCUGCAGUGCUAUGCAGGCAGCACAGGCCAUGGCCUCCACCUUCAGAACUCCGGUUGGUGAGCUGUGAGGCUGGGCUGCGUCCUCUACCAUGGCCGUCGCUCGACAUGGUUGAGAGGUACUCUGUCAUGUGUCUCUCUGUCCGACUCUGGAAGCCCCCUUGGUAUGUAUCAAUUCAACAACAAAUCAUGUGUGUGCUUGCUGCAUUUGUAGAGUCUUGGAAAUGCUUGAUGAGACCAGGGAGAUUAGUUGUUAUUCCUGUACCUCUUGGUAUAUGCUUGCUUGAUCCUGAGGUGAUGACUGCAUCUAUUCUUAGCAUGCUGAAAAUAUUUAAUCAUGGAAGAUGUAGUGACAGAGGUGCUUUUAGUGUACACAUUCUAGUUCAUCACAGUAUAGCUUAUCAGCCAUGGCAUUCACAUCAAAGGGUUAUAUGCUGGAUUUCUGGAGCCGCCAAGACAUAUCUAGAAAUAUCUGAACAUAUGGCUCGUGUUGGUACAGUUUGCAGUCCUUGCUAUGUUAAUGUAAUUGAUUUCGGUGAAUGUGAUGAUGAAAAGCCUGAGAAGCUAGAAGCUCUUGUUGCUGCAGUCCAUAGUGGUGGCACCAGUCAUAUAAUUCAUAUCCCUGCAGGAGAUUUGGUGGGAGCUAAGGAAGCAGUUAACUCCACCAUGCCCAUGUACAUCACCAUCUCUAGCUCUGCAUACUCAGUCGAUGUUGUUCUAUCAUGUUCUGCAUUUGAAAAAGCUGCUGUUCGGAAGGUGUUUGAGGGACUGCUCGCUCAGAAUACAUUGCAUCUUUCAAUCCUCGGUGAUAGCGUCCAACUCCGGCCACUUCCUUGGCCAUCUUUCUCUGGUUAUGCAGCUCCUGUACUCUUGAAGCUAUCACGGUCAGUUGUUCCUCCUUGGGUGUCCUUUUGGUGGAAACAUAUUGCUGCUAUGCUCCAAGUGGUAGGACAGAGGUUUGGAAUUGUGACAUGCUGCAUCUUGCCACAACUUCCUUGGAUGUCAUUUGAUCCAGGCCCUUUGUUCAAGCUCGAGCCACACUAUGGUUCCAAUGGUGAUUCAUUACCGUAUACAUUGCUCCUAUUCCUUGAUAGUAGAAGUAUUCAGGGAACUAUACAAAGACAGCCUCCGAUGUGUUUACUGAGCUAUGCUGUUGCUAUCAUGACAGUCACCACAAGUGUACAGUUGUUCUUUCAGUACUAUCCAAGUGGAGUAGAAUACGUGCUUGCAAGGCCAUCAUCAUCUACACUUGGACGGGGCUUGACAUAUGGACUGGAACUCUAUGACCCAAGAGAUUCAAGUCGGAAUUACAACAAACAGUGGCAUCUUAUAUUUAUGCAGCUGCAACUCCAGGCUGCUGUUUGUAGAGAAGACUGUAUGAGUGCUCAUAAACUGAGGCUGGUUAUUGCUGCUACAACAAAAAAUGACACUGUAGGCAGAGCUAUCUCUGACUUAAAUAUGGCUAUGGAUGAGGAGCGCUACAAGGUCGCAGCAAUCAGAGAUCAUGCUGGUGCAGGACUGCUGGGGUGGUGGUCUGGAAUUUCUGGAAAUUUGUCCAAUCCAUAUGGUCUUAUAAUUCGGAUAAGUACUGGGAAUGGUGGUGAAUCUGGUGACGGAAGUGAUAUUGAAGCCUUGGUUUCAAUUGAUUUUAUGAGUGAGAAUAACAACGACUAUGCUUCUCAUCCAUCUGCUGAAGCUUUUGCUAGAUUCGAAAAAAGAGAUCACUUCUCGUUUUCCUUCUAUACUGAAGCAUACAGUAAAAAGGUAGCUGCUGGAAAGGCCCAACAGAGUUCAAAGAAACUAGUUGGUUUGCAUACUGAAGACUUCCUGUUGAAAGAAACAAAGAUCCACAGAAUGGACAAGUGGACUCAUAAUUUUGACAAGGUGAUUAAUCUUGCUUUUACCCAUUACAUAAAUGGAGGUAUAUCCAACAUGAAAAUAGGUACCAAUGUAAGUUUAAGUGAGAAACCAAAUUCUAAGCACAGAACAGGCCUCAAAAAGGAUGUUGCAUCAUUUGAAUGCAGCAUGAAGAGGCAUACAGAUAAAGAAAUGAAACAGUGA